AUGGCGGCGGCAAAAUCGCCUCAGCACCGUGAGCGCGCUAGAUCCGGCCUUGGCGGCAGUGGUAUUGCUGGUAAGGAUGCCUGGAGAUCAGCUUUCAUUAAUUGGAUCGAUCCGAUGGCCACCACCACCACGUUCAUCGACCGCGCCCCCCACAACAUCAUCGAUCAAUUGGCGAAACUGGGCGACAACUUCUUCGCCGGUAACACCAGCAGCAGCCCACUACUGCUCGAUGCCACCGCACCUUUGUUGCUCGUGGCACCCCGCAGUGACUAUGCAACAAGCAGCGUCGCUGUCAGCCUUCCCUACAACGGCCUCGCCACCAAGCUGAUGGACAACGCCGCUCGCCUGAGCAACAGCGAGCAUGCACGUUCCAAGGAGGACCUCGACAUCCGCAACAUGACCAAUCGUUGGAAGACGAUGUUUGACGAUUCUUCGCUCGCCCCGACAAUUCUCCACCAAUAG